UUGAAGAACCAGUGGUGCUGUGGCACAUUCACCCUCUGAAGGGAUUUUAUACACCCACCCCACACUGGUGGAAAAUAAAUUGCUAAACAGGAGACUAGGGGCAAAGUCCUAUCACAGGGGAGACUGGUGUCUGCAGAGGCUGGUCAGAGAGAAAAGACCAGUGACUCAGCAGAAGCACCACUCAGAGCUGGUCUGCCAUGAGUGCCCUGGUCCGACUCCUGCAGCUGCUGGUGCUGCUCCUGACGCUGCCCCUGCACCUGAUGGUUCUGCUGGGCUGCUGGCAGCCCCUAUGCAAAAGCUACUUCCCCUACCUGAUGGUUGUGUUGACUGUCAAGAACAACCGCAAAAUGGAGAGCAAGAAACGGGAGCUCUUUAGCCAGAUAAAGGGGCUUAUGGGAGCCUCCAGGAAGGUGUCCCUGCUGGAACUGGGCUGCGGCACCGGUGCCAACUUCCAGUUCUACCCGCCUGGCUGCAGAAUCACUUGCCUGGACCCUAAUCCUCACUUUGAGAAGUUCCUGAGAAAGAGCAUGGCUGAGAACAGGCACCUCCAAUAUGAGCGGUUUGUGGUGGCUCCCGGAGAGGACAUGAAGCAACUGGCCGAUGGAUCCAUGGAUGUGGUAGUCUGCACCCUGGUGCUGUGCUCUGUGCAGAACCCAAGGAGGGUCCUGCAGGAGGUCCAGAGAGUGCUCAGGCCGGGAGGAGUAUUGUUUUUCUGGGAGCAUGUGGCGGAGCCGCGUGGAAGCUGGGCCUUCAUGUGGCAGCAAGUCUUAGAGCCCACCUGGAAACACAUUACAGAUGGCUGCUACCUCACCAGAGAGACCUGGAAAGAUCUUGAGAAUGCCCAGUUCUCUGAAGUCCAAAUGGAACAACAGCCCCCUCCCUUCAAGUGGUUACCUGUUGGGCCCCACAUCAUGGGAAAGGCUGUGAAAUAACCUUGCCCAAACCCCCAAGGCAGUCAUUCGCUUCCUUCUCUGCCUCCAGUGAGAACAAGCACCCACCAGCCAAGUCUGUCUUCUACUGAAGGGACCCAACAGAAGAAUAAGAGAAGCCAUUCUCCCCCCACCACCCCCCAAUCCCUCUCCUCUACCUCUGCCAGGGGUACUCUCUAGCUUCAAUCCUGCCUUCUACAGUGA